AUGUCUCCCCUGACCGAUGUCACUGCCACAGAACAGUUAGGUCCGAAUGGGCCGACUGUAUCUCCUUUGGUGCCAUGUUCUCAACAUGAGGCUUCCACAUCUACCAGUGGGCAACCAAGGACUAUCACGCGAAGAUAUGCAAAAUCGCUGACAGCGCAAGAUGUGUACAAUCUCGCAAUAGACCCAGUACUGGUACCGAGGCCACUCACCAUUCAGAAACAGACUCGGAUUAUAUCAGCUCCCCCAGCCCUUGAGAAUCCUGCAGCUGGCAAAGACAUGGGAUCGAAUGAAUUGGCUCAACACAUGGCGAGCGUUGAUGUAUCAGCAAGAGACACUCUCUUUGUUGUGGAUGAAGAGAUUCAGUCAUUCUAUUCUCCUGUUCCAGUGUCAGCUUUCAACGAAGGGGAGUAUCGUGGUGCUAUACUCAAUCGCACCGACAUAGAUGGGGAUGCUGCAUCGGUUGACUGGGAAGAAUGGGGAAAAUGCCUAUCGUUGAUUGAAGCCAAACGAAACGUCUUGCAAGACAAUCCACCUGAGGGAGAGGUUCGAGAAUGUUCAGGCGCUGAUAUUGACCACAAAGAAGUGUAUCACGACGCCCUUGAGAGACAAGAAGAGACCAUGAGCGAGAAAUCCAGCACCCAGCUAUCCAACAGUCACAAAACCGCAUCUCCACAGGUUCCAAGCAUUCAAGAACGUCUCCUUCUCCCUGUUGUUAAUAUCAUCGUCACCCCCCCGCCAGAUGUCACUACGAGACCACAGACUUCCGGACUCAAGAAGGUUUUAUGGAAGACUACAGGGAUAAUUGUAUCUCUACUCGCUGGGAGACUUCUGGGCAUACUCGUGUCGGAGCUGCAAGAAAUUGUGUUUCGGCGUGGGUCUUCCGUAAAGCGAUUCAGUCCACCUCCGUCGAAGGAAUCUACCAAACCUGCUUGA